AUGGCGGACAACCAACAAGGGCAAGAUACCCAGAGAGACGUUCAACAGCAGGACGAAGCUACAAGGCGAGAGCAGCAGCAGCAGCAUCAGCAGCAUCAGCAGCAUCAGCCCCGUUGCAGCUUCCGCGAGUGCUUCCUAGCGCGGAUGGACCAGCAUCGAUCAGACCUGGAGGACCUAGUCCGAGUCCGCAGCCACCAGUCCGACGACGAGCAGGCCAUCCGGCGAGCCAUUACCAGCGCCAUGCAGCACUACCUUGACUACAACCGCACGCGGGCAUCCGUCGCCAGGCGCGAUGCCCCCGCCAUUUGUUCCCCCGUCUGCAGCAGCUCCUUCAACAACUCCUACCUGUGGCUCGGCGGCUGCCGCCCGUCGCUCAUCAUCCGCCUCGUCUACGUCAUGGCGGGCCAAGCGGUGGAGGCCCAGCUCUGGAACCUCCUAGGCAACGUGGAGAUAAGAGACCUCGCCGGUCUCUCGGCGCACCAGCUUCAGAGGUUGAGCGACCUGCAGAGUGCGGUAAUUAAGCUUGAGGACGGUCUCUCCAAGGGGAUGGCCACGCUGCAGGAGUCGAUGGCGGACCGGCCCCUAGUUAGCCUCGCCAGGGCUAUGCAUGCCUCUAGCAGCAGCAGCGAGAACCAGGCGGUGGGCCAGAUGGCGGGAGAGAUGAACUCUGUUAUGGAGAUGUACGCUAGGAGGCUGGCAGGAUUAAUAGAAGACGCGGACAAGCUGCGACUCUACACGCUGGCCAAGACUGUGGAGAUCCUAACCAUAAAAGAGACGCUAGACCUGCUCAUUGCCGCAGCACAGCUGCAUGUCUAUGUGCUUGAGCAAGGGCAGAGGUGGGAUCGCUCACAUGCUACUUAG